UAGAAAACAUUCACUUACAUUUGGUUGCAAGGAUAGCACAAAUAAAGAUUAGUGCUAGAAUGCAGGAAACUUUUAAUAGCUGACGAGCAAAUUUAAAAACGUUCCGGGUUAACCCAAUGCAAGGGUCUAAAUUUAUAUUGCAUAAAUGAAUUCAAGGAAUGCAGCAUGACUACAAGAUUCAGCUUUUCUUUUCGCCCUUGCAAACUAAAGUAUCUGAACCAAGAAAGCAAUUUCUCGAUGAGCUCGAGAAAUUAUUUAACUCUGAAGACGAUUAUUUCAAUUAUAGUCUAGGCUACAAUAGUGGUUUUAAUGUUGAAAAUAAUAAUGUGCAUAUUGACAGAGAUAAAUAUUUGCCUGUUCUGCUGAGAUUGUCGUUAGAAUGUCCUUUUCAGGAUGUCCGUGAAUCAUCUAGUCGUAUAUUGAAAAAACUAGAAAGUCAGGGAAUAAGAAUACCACGUUGUAAAUAUAAUGGUCCGUCAAAGUUUAUUUCUGAAACAGAUUGUGUGCCAACUAACACAAAUGAUGAGAAAAUCAAGAAUCUUUUUAUUGAUGCCUACAUUGUAACUGGGAGAAUUUCACAUGUUAAACAGCUCCUUGCUUACCAUACAGAUUAUUUGACUUGUUUUUUUCAAUUUGAAACCCAUCUAAUGAAUUAUGAUGGACCACUGCCUCUUGAUUGGCGUUAUUUUAUAGGGAUUAUGGGUGCAUCUCGACAUCAAUGUUCAUCAUUAAUUGAAGGAUGCGAGCAGAUGUUUUUAAUGAAUCAUGGUGAUCCAAGUUGGCUUAAUGGAUUAUCUAAUGUGCCACAAAAAUUGAAAAAUCUCAAUAAGUUAAAUGUAAUACUUGCUCAUCAGCCAUGGCUUAUUAAUGAAAAUGUUAUGGAGAUCUUAUUAAAUAAUCAAGUUUCAGAAGAUAAUUGGUCAAAGUCUGAACUUGCUCAAGCAAUUGUUAUAUUAGUUCAUUUCCAAACAUUAUCUGGAUUUGUGUAUGGAUGUGGUGUUGCUCCAGAAAUUGAUAUGCACAAUGGAAGUACACUUCGAAGUAUGUCUGUAAGUGAAACUAGUUCUGGGACUGAAACCAUUACGCCAACAAAAUUAAAAGCUAACUCAUUUACAUAUGAUGGUGGAAGUACUGCUGCGUUGUUGCAGAAGAUUCAAAGUGUGAUAGAUGAACAAAUUAGUUCUUCUCAAAGUGAAGAAGAUGAACAACAAGAAAAACUCAGACAAUUCAAAGAAGUUGAAACCAAGGAAUUUGAUGAAGACACUUAUGAUGUUGUUAAAGAAUCAUCAAACAGUUUUCAUAAAAGGUAUUGUGAUGACAGUACUUACCAAGAAUUUGCAAAGCGUGAUAAAAGUAUUGAAGUUUUCCGAGCACAUGAUUACAGUUGGGAUGAGCAUGGAUUUUCAUUCAUUAAUCGAUUAUAUCCAGAAUUUGGUGAUCUGCUUGACAAGAAGUUCUCUUGUGCUCAUAACCUGACAUACAGAACUAUGGGUGAUCAUAUAACUAACGUGGAUACUUCAAAGUUUCGUCUUGCAACUUGGAACUAUAUACACUUGUUAUAUGGAAUAUUUCAUGAUGAUUAUGUUUACAAUGAGGUUAACACAUUGCUUGAGAAGUCUUACAAAACAUACAUCAAAAAAGUAGCAUGUUUUCCAGAACAAAUUACUUUUUUGGAUUACUGGGAAUGUUAUACUGAUAUGCUGGCAUCUGAAAAGAUACAUAUCAACUUACUUGUAAUGGAGUCACGUAUGCAAGCUGUUUUGCUAUACGCAUUUCGCUAUCUAACGACGUAUAUGAAGUGAUAUUUUGUCAUGAGUUGACGUCACUUCGCGUUAUUCAUGUUGUACAUGAAUGGUGUGUUGAAAUCACGCAUGCGCAUUAUAAUUCUUUUCAUUUUUUGUAAACAAUACUUUUAUAUAUAAAUAUAUAAACAAAAAAUAAAUAAUCAGAAUAAAGAUGAUAAUUUAUUAAAGAGAAAAGUUAGUUUUUGCGUUGAUUAAAAUUUUAUUUUAAAAAAAUCUUAUUUUUCUUGUAAAGAAAUAGUUUUUUUUAACCAAAAGCUCCGCAAUUUAAUAAUCUCAUUGAAAUUAAGUCAUUAGUAAAAAUGUUUUUUAUUGUCCUUCGUUCAUUUGUCCGCUAUUGUUUUGUGUCAGCCUGUUGUUCAUUGAUCAAACUAUUGAUUAACUUUGACGUAAUUUUCGUAUGAACUUACCUUUAUCGAGAAUUUUUGUGUACUUAAAGAGUAAAAUUAUUUUAAUAAUGUGAAUUUUUUUAAUCAGAAUUGAUUUAUAAUAUUAUUUUUUU